GAAAGAGUUGAAAUGUGGCUUACCUUUUUUCUAUCUUAUUGCAUUUGUAUACUGCAGUUUUUGAAUAUCAAGAAUGGUUCUAUAGAGCUUGAUGCGUCUAUUAUGGGACUUCAGCAAGAGGGGAAAAAAACUAAAGUUCCACUUAAUUCAACUGACAAGCUCUUCAAGGAGAUACGGGAUCUCAACUUUGAAGUUGUUGUCCAGAUUUUGCGUCAAAAAGCUACAUCCAUGAAGCAAGACUACACUGAGAUGACGACUACUUCACAAUCAGUUUCCGAGUUGAAGGACUUCGUGAAAAAGCUGAACUCAUUGCCAGAAAUCACUAGACACAUAAAUCUCGCUCAGCAUCUGACAACAUUCACAUCAAAGCCUUCAUUUCUGGGGCAGCUUGAUAUGGAACAUACAAUUGUUGAGUCUCAGAGUUAUGACAUGUGAGUUGAUGUUGCAUGCAGACGUCCUUAAAGUAUUUGGAUGGCAUUUUAUUGUCAA